AUGGCACUCGAAAGCACAAAUGUCGCUGCACCAACAUCGAAAUCUUCAUGGGGUCUCAAGGGACUUUUGAGUUUUUCUUCGAGGCCGCUCGCUCUCGGCGUUGUCGAGGCUUCGGUGAAAGGAACUAAAGAAGGCAAAUUGUCAGAGGAAAAAUCCACAGAUAUCAAUUUAGUUGGCUCUAGCUCAAGCAGCUCUAGUCGGUCUUCGUCACGGGAUGUUUGCAAAUGUUUCUGCUGCGGGGCGCUUUUGUAUUUCCCCAGCAAGGCCCGGAAAUACCGCUGCUCAAUGUGUCAAACCACCAACUUGAUGGAUAUAGGUGGGUUGGGCAAGAAAGAGGCUCCCUCUCGUGUGGAGAUUGCUUUUUCAUUUGUGGUGGUCAACGAUAUGGUUGAAAUGUGUUUCUGCCGAAUGAAGGAGGAAAAGGCGGCAAGGGAGCUGCUCCACGACAUAUUUGAGCCGCUUUCGACUUAUUUGUAUAACGAAUUCAAGUGCUGGGACUUGCUGAACCGGGCACCGCCAAGCAGAGGAACAACUCAUGAGAAAUACUCUCACCGGCAAGCAUUCAAUGCGGCCUUGUCAGAAAUCCAGCAAACUUUCAACUUGCUCACCAAGCUACCCACCAAAAGGCCCCUUUUCUGCGCUUUAAAGGGCGCAGAUGACCAUUUAAAGAGGAUACCUGCGUUUUCGCUAGACAACAUGAAUGCCUACCGGUCCACUUUGCUCUUUCUUGAAAUCCCCAUAUUGUCAAGGGCUCUCGUUUCACACGACCCGAGGCUGAAACUAAUGAGUGACAACCCCGAGAUUAAAACUCUUUGCUAUGAGGUUUUGAAACGGUCCAUUGGAAUCAUUUCAUGCAUCGACGACCACAAACUCAAGAAACAGAUUGUCAAUUGGUUUGCAAGCCUUGAUGCCGGCGAGCUAGCUCAGAAUAUUACUUUGGUAAACCUCUACAUCACCUUUCAACUCAAGAAAUAUUUCUACUUGGUCAAUAACCCGCAAGUCAAAUUGUCACCGCCAGCGCAGACAACUGCUGCCUUUGCUGGCGAAGGCCGAGAAUAUUUUGAAAGUUCCAACUUGAAAGCCAUAAUUGAGGCGAACCCUGGAAUCUCCACGCCGGAGGCCGUCGCCAUCCCCACAAGCCGAAUCAGCUCAAACCCGUUCCCCGCAAAGUCGAGCCGGAAAACAAAAAACGCGCAGAAUGAAUGCAAGAUUAAAUUGCAUCAGUACAGCAACGACUGGCGCGUGAAGAGUGCGUUUAUGGUGAUGGCCAUCUUGUACAAGGCCAACAACAUUAGAAAAGACCACCACUUGCCGGUGUCGCAUUUUUACAACUCUCUAGUUGACUUUGUUAACAUCAGACAAGAUUUCGACUCUUGGCAAAGGAGCGGUAACUGCUCGACACGAGGAACGGAAAGGUCAGAGUUGACAAGCUUGUUUGAGUACCUUCACAACGGACAAACUCCAGCCAUUAGCGCCGCGGCUAACCCGCUGUUUUUUAUAUGCCAGUAUCCGUUUUUGAUGUCGCUAGGAAGCAAGAUAUCCAUAUUGGAGUUUGAGGCGCGCAGACAAAUGGAGCGGAAAGCAGAAGAAGCGUUUAUAAACUCGCUUGACAAGCGAAUAUUGAUUGAUAUACACUUGCGGAUCAAAGUGCGAAGGGACCAUAUUGUCCAGGACUCGUUGCAGUGUAUAAAGUCGAAUAUGGAAAACUUGAAAAAAAGCUUAAAAGUCCAGUUUAUCGACGAGCCCGGUGUUGAUGCAGGUGGACUACGCAAAGAAUGGUUUUAUGUGUUGACAAAGCAGAUUUUCCAUCCUUCAUCUGGCAUGUUCUACAAUGUGGAAGAUUCCAAUUUCUUGUGGUUUAAUCUCAAACCGGUUGAGAAUUCGGAUAUGUACUAUCUAUUUGGAGCAAUUUUGGGCUUGGCGAUUUACAAUUCAACUAUUUUGGACUUGCAGUUCCCCACGGCAUUGUACAAGGUUGUCUUGGGCAAAAUGUUGGAUAUCGACGACUAUAAGGAGAUAUACCCCAAAUCGCACCACGGAUUGAUGCGCCUCAAGGAACUAAAUGCAAACGAGUUGCGCUCUUUGGAGUUGACUUUUGAAAUCUCGUUUCAAGAUGUUCUCGGCACAUACCAUAAUGAAGAGCUUUUACCUAAUGGACUGAAGAUCAAAGUGGACAGGAAAAACCUUGACCAGUACAUAAGUCGAUACUGUGCGUACAUGACCCGGGACGGGAUUUCAACCCAGCUUGAAGCAUUCACCAAAGGGUUCAACGGGGUUAUUGGCGGGAACGCGCUUUCGUUGUUCUCGGAAGAAGAGAUUCGUCUUUUGUUGUGCGGCAAUGACGAGCACGUGAUUGAUAUCGACAUCUUGCAGUCGGUGACCAAAUACGGCGGCUGGACGUCGAGCUUAGAAGCCGCCAACUCCAGUAUCGUGAGAUGGUUUUGGAACUACAUGCGGGGACUAGACAAUAGUGGACGCAAAAAGGUUUUGAUGUUUGUUACUGGUUCGGAUAGAGUCCCCGCUACCGGGAUCCAGAACUUGCCGUUUAAAUUGACGUUGUUAGACCAUGGUUUCGAUAGCGAUAGACUACCGGUGGCACAUACGUGUUUCAAUGAAUUGGCAAUCUACAAUUACAGUUCAUGCGAGAAGCUCGUGAGUAAAUUGACCAAAGCCGUGGCUGAAAGCUCUGGAUUUGGGAUCAAAUAA